UUUUACUUCGAAGCGGGGUGGAAGGGAUUUAUUCUUCCGCUGGAAAUAGAUCAGUGUGCACUCGAUUUCCAUUCUCAGCUCCAUGGGGAGUACAGUCAGGACAGCAGCUUCAGAAUUGCCCACCUGUUAUGCAUAGUUUUUGAUAUUGUUAAUGGCAACAGUGCUACUUAUUCUGAUGGUCGUCGUGCGCUGUAGACAUUUCGUUGUCGUUAUGUGUUUGUUCAUCUUGUUGCUGGAUUCUCAAAUCAUCACAGGAACUGCAGGGGAGACAAAUGCAGGUCCGGGCAACGUAAAUACCUGUAUGCCUGGGCCAAACACGCCACAUCGACAAGUUUACCGAAAGGUGUUGGAUUCAGAAUUGGUAAAGGAUCGACGAUCACAACGCUUAUACUGCAGAUUCACUACAAACAUGGGUUUACCGAUUCUACAAAAAAGGAUUAUUCGGGAAUACGGCUGACCGUUUCAACUAAAAGGGAAUUAUAUUCAGCCGGAAUGGAAGUGAUGUACCUCAAUGGAUUUCGAAUACCACCGCAAACACCAAAGGUCCUCGUGAACAUCAGCUGUUCCUACACGGGGGACACGCCCAUCUACCCAUUUGCCUUCAGAACCCAUGCCCACAACCUGGGAAGGGCAAUAACAAGUUAUUUGUACAACGGAUCCUGGUAUGAAAUCGGCAAGGGAAAUCCAAUGUGGCCUCAGGUUUUCUACCCCGUGCAAAGAAACAUCGUCAUAAAGCCUGGGGAUAAGUUGGUGGCAAGGUGUCUCUUCGACUCAACGGAUAGAAACCGGUCCACAUAUGCAGGAUACGCAGACAGUGACGAGAUGUGCAACUUCAUCAUCAUGUUUAAAGCGGAAGCCAACACUAAAAGUCUUUUCCCUUUUUGCGGGGGAAACACGUAUCCCGACCUUGUGAGAAAACUACCCCCUGACUCGGCCGUCCCCUUGCCCCGGAACCCCCUGCUGGAGGAGGAAGCACAGGGUCACGACCACCAUCACAUCCACGUGCCUCCCCCCGACAAUGAAAGUACCGCAGGAAACCGUUCUGCAGUCGACGCUGAACUCUCGCACGUGGCUGAGAACAGAUCAAGGGAGACAACUGAGGACGGAAUGGACACUAUCUUGACGGAUGUCUUUAUCAUAUCUGGGAUGAUGCUGGUUCUUGGGUUCGCUGUCGUUCUCGCUAUAUAUCAGUCAGGAAAAAUUUCGAAGUUCUGUACCAAGACACGACUGCAUGUUCCCAGUUUCCUUGGCAACACCUACAGAGGAUUUGAUCGCUUGGAAACAGAGGAGAAAGAUUAACGAAUAGUAAAAGUUUUUUGUUUGUUGGUUCAUGCCGCACAAUGUGUUCAUAAGUCCCGCUGAGUAUGAAGUAUGUCAUAUAUGUGACAAUACCAGUAAACUGUGGGUAAUUCAUACGUUUGUACAAGUACAGGUGACAUAAAGAUGUAGUCCUUAAUUGUUGCUUUGAAAAUGUAAACAUAGGAGCUUCUGACAUACUAAAGGUCAUUUCAGCGGUAAGCUUCCAAGCUCCACAAUGACACACACUUAGUUCAGUUCACCGCCUGAAUGACGUGAAUGUAUUAAAUGGUUUAUUGCAUUUAUUGCAUAGUUUUAUUGUUUAUGACCACAAGGAAGAUAUGCAAAAUACAAAUGUCAAAACAUU